GGCGACAAGCUCUCAUGCAUCCGCUGGGACUCGCGCUUCCACAUCACAUCGACCGACAUUAUCCGGGCGCUGGUGCACCGGUUCCAGGAUAUCCACCGCCCCGUGGUCAACAUGAAGAAGUUCGAGGAAGGCGUCUUCAGCGACCUGCGCAGUCUCAAGCCAGGGGUUGCCGCGCGACUGGAGCCCCCGCGCUCGGAGUUCCUCGAGCUCCUUUAUAAGCAACACUGUGUGCGCACGCAGAAGAAGCAGAAGGUGUUUUACUGGGAACUGGUGCCCCAUGAUAUGCUGUUCCGUGAGGCCCUGGAGCGCGACCUUAAGCGUGAGGCGAUGGGCGCGAGGCCAACUACGAAGACUGCU